AUCUCCAACUCAACCCAAUUCGCGUAGGAAAUUGAAAGGGAAGAACAAAAAGGAAGAGCUAAUUCGAUUCUCUCCCCUUCAUAAUUUGCGAAAAGAUCUUGAAGCAAUUUUGAUUUUGCAUCUUCGAAAUUGUUGGGAGUUCGAUAUUUUGAUGUCUUUUACGACAAGUGAAGUUUUCUUCUCGUUCGUGGAGUGAAUCUGAGUUCAAUUUUGGGGAUUUGAUCUGAUUCUUUGAUCUGCAGCCUUGCUGGUAGUGUAAUUGCAAGCGGAAGUUGCGAUGGCAAUAGACCAGGCCGAGCUUAGCACUGAGCAGGUUCUUACAAGGGAUAUUCCAUGGGAGACAUACAUGACUACUAAACUUAUCAGUGGAACAAGCCUUCAGCUGUUAAGGCGUUAUGACAAUAGACCAGAGAGUUACAGGGCACAGUUGUUGGAUGAUGAUGGUCCGGCAUAUGUUCGGGUAUUUGUUAGCAUUUUACGCGAUAUAUUUAAGGAAGAAACAGUGGAAUAUGUUCUAGCAUUAAUUGACGAAAUGCUUACAGCAAACCCUAAAAGAGCAAGAUUGUUCCAUGAUCCUUCUCUUGCAAGCGAAGAUGCUUAUGAACCUUUCCUAAGAUUGCUUUGGAAGGGAAAUUGGUUCAUACAGGAGAAGAGCUGUAAAAUACUUGCUCUGAUAGUGAGUGCUAGAUCAAAAACUCAUGAUGGAAGUUUUGCAAAUGGUGAUGCCUCAAACUCCAAGAACAAAAUUACUACCAUCGAUGAUGUUUUGGAUGGACUGGUGAAAUGGCUUUGUGCACAGCUGAAGAAUCCUUCACAUCCUAGUCGUGCUGUACGGACUUCUAUCAAUUGCUUUGCAACUCUGCUGAAGGAACCAAAGGUCAGAUCCUCCUUCGUCCAGGCAGAUGGAGUGAAAUUGCUUAUUCCUUUGAUUUCUCCUGCAUCGACCCAACAAUCUAUUCAGCUUCUAUAUGAAACUUGUCUUUGUGUUUGGCUCUUAUCAUAUUAUGAGCCGGCAAUUGAAUUCUUGGCCACUUCUAGGACCCUUCCAAGACUCAUCGAUGUUGUCAAGAGUUCCACAAAAGAGAAGGUUGUCCGAGUUAUUAUUUUGACCUUGAGGAACUUACUCUACAAGGGGACAUUUGGAGCUCAAAUGGUGAGUCUCGGACUGCCACAAGUUGUUCAAAGUUUGAAAUCACAAGCAUGGAGUGAUGAGGACCUUUUGGAGGCUUUGAAUCAACUAGAAGAGGGGUUGAAAGAUAACAUCAAGAAACUAAGUUCUUUCGACAAGUAUAAGCAAGAAGUCCUUCUCGGGCAUCUUGACUGGUCUCCUAUGCACAAAGAUGUAAAUUUCUGGCGAGAAAAUAUUACAAGCUUCGAAGAGAAUGACUUGAAGAUAUUGAGGGUCCUAAUCACAAUUCUGGACAGUUCCAGUGAUCCAAGGGCUUUGGCAGUUGCCUGUUUUGAUCUUUCACAGUUCAUUCAACACCAUCCAGCUGGGAGAGUUAUAGUGACAGACCUUAAGGCCAAGGAAAGAGUGAUGAAACUGAUGAAUCAUGAGAACGCUGAGGUUACUAAAUAUGCCCUCCUUUGCAUUCAAAGGCUCUUUCUAGGUGCCAAGUAUGCUAGCUUUCUCCAGGCUUAACUCGGUUCUCUCUCCAUUUGUGUAAGUUAUAAUAAAUCCAUCCUACUUAAACACCUCAGUUGCUGAAGCUAAAAGGGUUUUUAUUACUUUCAUCAAGUAAUUAUCUUCUUAAAUUUUUGGUGUGAAUCAACAGAGAUUUUAUUCGUUUCUUUGCAUUCCCAGAAUGUUAUUUGGGCAUAUUGAAUAAAGUCACCAGGUUUUCAUACCUUGUAUUUUACCUUUUGAUGUCUAUUGAUUUGAAACUGAAGAGAGAUCUGACUCUGAGAUAAUGAGUUGAAAGCAAGUAAAAAGAACUUUUAAUUUUCUUUUCCUC